UUCUUGUGUUAUGAAAGCUGCAGCGUGAAAUGUUGGAUAACCCCUGUACAACGCCAUGUGGAGAGCCGAGGGACUUCAGCCGGUCUAGUUUUGACAGAAGACAUUAAAAUUUAGAAGAGAGUGAUUUUUCUGAGGAAAAGUCUGAGAAAAGUGAGCAUGGCAAAGCGGAGAGAGUGUGCGCAGACUGGGGCCGAUACAAAGAAACUGAAGCAGGGGCUGAAGGCGAAGAGCAGCGGUGCAAAACUGAGAGCAAAGGAGAAAGAUGCAGGUAAUGGCACCACAGAAGAAGAGGAGAAGCUCGAGAGGAAGGUCAAACCGAAAUCACGAUCCUCCACAAAACGAGCAGCAGAAAACGCCACUUCCACCACAUCCACAACUGCUGUCAAAACCAGUAAAUACUUCCAGUCGCCAGUGAAAGAGGAGGGGGCUGACAGUGAAGAAGACUUUGAUAUGGUGACCUCACCACCUCAUGUGGUUACGGUGAACGUCAAGAAAACAGAGAAAGAGGAAGAGGAAGAGGAUGAGGACGACAGUGAGGAAGAUGAGGAUGAUUGGGAGGAAGUGGAAGAGCUUUCUGAGCCGCUGGGUCCAGUUGAACCACCAGAACCAGUCCUGCCCUCUCAGCCGGUUGAGAUAGAGAUUGAGACUCCAGAAGUCAGGAAAAGGCAAAAAAGGCAGGCGGAGUUUGACUCGUAUCUGAGGCGCAUGAUGAACCGAUACAAAAAGGAUGUGCUGAUAGACACACACAAGGUCCAUCUGAUGUGCCUGAUAGCCAGUGGGAUGUUCCGCAGCCGUCUGUGCAGUGAACCCGACCUGCUGGCCAUCACUCUGUCGCUGCUGCCCUCUCACUACGGCAUGGUUGCCAAGGAACGCAUUGACCAAAACUACCUCUCCGGACUCCUCAAAUGGUUUAGAGCAACGUUCACUCUCAACCCCAGUCUUCCCUGUGAGGAGCGUCCGGACCCCCGUGCUCUGCUUGAGAGGCGGCUCGCCAGCCUGUCUGCCAAAACCCACCAGGAGAUGACUCAUCUGUUCCUGUUGGUUCUGAGGUCUCUGCAGCUCUUCUGCCGAUUGGUUCUUUCAUUGCAGCCGAUUCCCUUCAAACCCCCAUCAGCCAAGGGCAAGGGCGCUAGAGCAUCUACCGGUGCCUCAGGAAAGAGCAACACUAACCAGGAGACCUCCAAGAACAUCUCCCCUAAGCCGAAGGUCUCCCCUGGCACCAAGAGACCAGCUGGAGAGGGGAAGAUGAAGGCAGACCGAGGAGGAAAAAAAGCAAAGAUUAAAGAAAUAAAGGAGGAGGAUGAGGAGGAAAAGCCUAUAACGUCAGGAGGGCAGAGGCCAAAGAACUCAAAGCGUCGGAGCAUCGCCUCGAAAAUCAGCUACAAGGAAGAAAGUAACAGCGAAGGAGAAAUGGAGGAGGAGGGGCUUAGUGAUGAAGAGGAAUUUCAGGGGCCCAGUGAGGAGAAAAGUGACGAUUCAGAAGGAGGCAGUAAAUCCACAAAGGGGAAGAAGGGGAAAGGAAAAAGCAAAGCCAAAGAGACCAACAGCAAGAACACUGCAGCUCAGAAGAGAGGGAGCGGUGGAGGGAAAAAACAGGUGAAAGAUGGGGAGAGCAAAGAGUUUGAAGAAGAUGAUGAGGAAGAGGGAGUGAUGAGCAACAGAACAAAGAGGAGUGGGAAAAAGAAGGAAGGGCCCGGAGCAGAUGAGUGGUUGGAGGUGUAUCUGGACAAAACUUCAUCCUGGGUUUGCGUUGACGUGGAGCACGGUGUCGGGAUGCCUCACCUCUGCUCCCAGAAUGCAACGGCACCGGUGACGUAUGUGGUGUCGGUGGAUGGGGAUGGCUUUGUGAAGGACCUGGGAAGGAAGUAUGAUCCCACCUGGUUGACAUCAUCCAGGAAGAGGCGGGUGGAUGAAGAUUGGUGGGAGGAAACACUUGAGCCGUUCCUGGGACCCGACGAUGAGAGGGACAGAAAGGAGGACAAGGAGCUCCAGAACAAGCUGCUGAGCAAACCCCUGCCGAUCUCCAUAGGGGAGUAUAAGAACCACCCGCUGUACGCCUUAAAGAGACACCUGCUGAAAUACGAAGCCAUCUACCCUUCAACAGCCACUGUGCUUGGAUACUGCAGGGGAGAGCCAGUGUACUCCAGGGAUUGUGUGCACACCCUCCACUCCAGAGACACCUGGCUGAAAGAGGCACGGACUGUCAGACUAGGAGAGGAGCCAUAUAAGAUGGUGAAGGGCUUCUCUAAUCGUUCCCGUAAAGCCAGGAUGGUGUCUGAGCAGAAGGAUGAAAAUGACCUGGCGCUGUUUGGAGAGUGGCAGACUGAAGAGUACCAGCCGCCUUUAGCUGUGGAUGGGAAGGUUCCCCGUAACGACUACGGAAAUGUCUACCUGUUUAAGCCCUGCAUGUUACCAGUGGGCUGUGUUCACCUCAGGCUGCCCAACCUCAACCGCGUGGCCAGGAAACUGAACCUGGAUGCCGCCCCUGCGGUCACAGGCUUUGACUUCCAUGGAGGAUACUCACACGCUGUGACUGAUGGUUACAUUGUGUGUGAGGAGCAUGAGGAGAUUCUCAGAGCGGCCUGGGUGGAAGAACAAGAGCUCCAGAAACAGAAGGAGAAAGAGAAAAAAGAAAAGAGGGCACUCUCAAACUGGACUCUGCUGGUGAAGGGGAUCCUGAUCAGAGAAAGACUUAAACAGCGCUACGGAAAGAAGAACCAGGGAGUGGGGAGCCUUGCUCACGAGGGAGAGACUGGCGGAUUUUCAUCAGAUGAGGAGGUGGUUGAGGGUGGAAGUCCUUCAGCUAAGACAGCAGCUGAGACUCUGGCCAUGUCCUGGCCCCAGAACAGACAAGCAGAAGAGGACGAAGGGAACAUCAGCGGACUGAAGAAAAAGACGACUACCAAACGAGAAAAGAGAGGACAAGAGAAACAUAUGUUCCCUUUUGAGAAAGUGUGAUUCAAGAGAUCCCAAAUCACAGCUGAUUACACUCUGUUCUCAAAAAACAAUUCGACAUGCUCCUGCUAUUUACUUUGGGUGAUGUUUACACACCUUGAGCAGCAUAAAGUGUGUCUCAGAUGAGACAGAUUUGGAAUCAAUGUUUGCAAGUUUGGCCAAGGAGAGGAAAGACAGAAGGAAGAACAAGAGGAAUAUUUGCAGUGAACUGAUCUGCAGAUCAAUCGGUUUCUCCCAGCGGUGAUAUUACAUGCAUUAAACCUACUCUGUCUCCACGAUCAUUGUGCAUACUCCCAUAAGCUCAUGUCCUGUAUUGUUUGCUUUUAAUAUGAGAGCUAA